GGGGAAACAGAUCCCUCCCUCGCGCUCCUUCGCUCUUCUCACUCUUUAUUCCCUCGCUGCUAUUCCGCGCCGUCGGGUGCUUUCUUCCGCUUCUUCGUCUCCUCUGUAGGGCUUCACUCUUUCCGGGGUUCCGCCGCCGAGCUUCGCCGAUCCGCCAUGGCCGCCGACAGGACCAAUGCCGAGACUCGCCAGCAACUGUCCGUCCACCCUCCCAAUCCGAUGUCCAAAGAUGCUCAAGGGUCUGAAAAUUCUGUUCCUCUUUCACCACAGUGGCUUCUCUCCAAGCCUAUAGAGAACAAGUUGGGAGUGACAUCAGGGGACUCCCAUGUGAACAAUUAUCCUAACUACACUGGUCGAAUGGAUGCUUCAAAAAGGCCACCAGGGAAUAGUGAGGAGCUCCAUGAUGUUGAAAAGAGAAGGGAUGUUUGGAGGUCUCCAUUUCAUGACUCAGAAUCUGGACGUCGUGACCGUUGGCGAGAUGAAGAAAGGGAUGGUAACUCUGCUCUUCGCAAGGAUCGUAGGAGGGAUGGUGAAAAAGAACAUAGUGAGCAUCGCAAGUCUGAAAGGUGGAGUGAGAAUUUGUCUAAUAGAAAUACUGGGGAAACAAGGAGGCCACCAAUUGAGCGCUGGAGUGAUUCAAGUAGCAGAGAUGCUACUUAUGACCAGCGUCGUGAGAGCAAAUGGAACACACGAUGGGGACCUGAUGAUAAGGAGUCUGAAAAUUGGCGUGAGAAGUGGUCAGAUACUGGAAGAGAUGUGGACAACACACGUGAUAAAGUAACACCCUUUACAAGUUCUCAUGCAAAGGAAGCUGACAGAGACCUGGACCAGUAUUCACGAUCAUGGCGUGCUACUUCACAAAAUCGAGGGCGGGGUGAUACUUCACAUCAUUCUUCAGUAACUCCAAGCAGGCAGGUCCCAAUGUUUGGUUCUGGUAGGGGGCGUGGAGACAAUGUUCCAUUUAAUUUUUCUGCUGGCCGAGGCAGGAGUAUUUAUUCUGCAAGCACAGGAAAUAAUGUACCUAUGCACAGGAUUGGUACACCAGAGAAGGGUGAGGCUAUUCAUGGAGACAACCUUACCCUUAGAUAUACUAGAACUAGAUUGCUCGAUAUAUACAGGACGACAGAUAUGAAAACUUACAAAAAACCAGAUGGUCUUGAUGCUUCUGGUCUCACACAUGUGGAGCCUCUGGUGCCUCUGGCCUUUUCUUCCCCUACAAUUGAGGAAGAGUCAAUUUUGAAUGGGAUUGAUAAAGGAGACAUAAUAAGCAGUGGUCUACCUCAAGGCUCGAAAGAUGGUUCUGUUGGAAGGAACUCUGCAGAUGCAUCUCAGCAUAGGAGAACAAGGAUUGGCAGUGGAGAGGAUCUUCCUGCUGCCCUUGAAGAUUACAAAGCAGAAACUGGUGGGAACUUGAAGGGAAAUCAUCCAAGUUAUUCUGAGAGCCACAUGAUGGAGAACUUGCAUUCAUAUGGAAGUGACCACAAGGUGGACUUGAUUCAGAGCCGCACUUCUUUGUAUGGAAACAAGCCCAAUAUGGAAGUUUCAAGGCAGGAAGUUUUUGCUUCGAAGCAGCCAGAUGAAGCAACCCAUUUUGAUAAAGGUGUGCAGGAGACCACUUUUGCAAGUCCAGGCAUGCAUUGGAAAACUCAACCGAUUGGUGAUCAUUCACGUGGACCUUUGAGUGAAUGGAGAGAUUGGACAGCCGAGGGUAGGGCAAAAACAUCAGAAAUGGACUGGCCACAAGCAGGUGAACAAUCUGUGCCAUUAUCACAUUACAAGGAUGACCGGAACAUACAGUCCAAGGAAGGUGCUUUACCUGAUUUCAACAGACAUUUCACUCUUACAAGGCAAGCAUCUGAUGCUUUUGAUAGAAGAAGAGAAACAGGUAUGGUCCACAGCGGGGAAGAAGCUCCUGGUUUUAGAGAUAGGACACCAGCUUGGAAGCCACAUCUGCAGAUUCCUCCAGAAGAACUGUCUCUUUAUUACAGAGAUCCCCAGGGAGAGAUUCAAGGCCCAUUUCCAGGGAGUGAUCUGAUAGGAUGGUAUGAAGCAGGAUACUUUGAUUUGGAUCUACCAGUUCGCUUGGCCAGUGAUUCAGCUGAUGCUCCAUUCUCUUCGCUUGGAGACAUCAUGCCUCACUUACGAACAAAAGCAGGGCCUCCUCCAGGAUUUGGUGUACAGAAACAAAGUGAGAUUGCUCUAAUUCCUGGAAGUAUGAAAAAUUCAAGGGAAGCCUUCACACUGCCAGAAGGCUCUCAAGGAUACCGUGGAAGUAAUACUGGCGUUAUGCAGGGAAUGGGAUCUGAGGGUGGAACUGAUGUUAACUAUCUGCUGGCUCAGAGAAUGAUGUCACCAGACCAUCGGUCGGUUCCCAGUUCGUUUCUUUACUGGCCUGGGAAAGACUCUAUUUCUGUGCCACAGAAGGCAGAGGUUAUGCCAAGUUCGUCUACUUCACAUGCAAAGCUGCUGUCUGGGAUGUCAGAUGGAGCUGCUGAGGUGCCUAAUAACUCUCCAUUCGUGGAUAUAAUGUCCAUGCUGCAAGGUAGUGCUGAUAAAAGCACGACCUCUGCUGUAAAUAUUGGGGCUGCCCCUUGGCCAAACUACCCUGAUGCAAGAUCAACUAAUGUUCCAAGUGGCUUAAAUAUUAUUCAAGAUACGGUGGACAGGCAUCAUAUACAGAAUUUUACUUCCCAACCUGGUUACGGCUUUCAGCAUCAGAGACCUCCACCUCAACAUUUGCCAUCUUUUUCACAAACGGUUGCCCAACUUGUGGAUCAUCCUGCCAAUGUAUCUGCACAAGAAAAGCUUCUUUCUUCGGCAAUUUCUCAGGAUCCACAGAUGUUAAGUUUAUUAAAGCAACAGUAUUUGCUCCCUCAACUUCAGAUAAAUCCUCAGUUAGCAGUACCUAACCAAUUAUCCCUCCUAGAUAAGCUUAUAUUGCUUUCUCAACAACAGAAGCAGGACCCGCAUCAGCAGUUACUGCAGCAGCAGCAACAGCAACAGCAAUUGCUGCAACAACAACAGCAACAGCAAUUGCUACAGCAGCAGCAGCAGCAACAAAUCUUGCAGCAGCAGCAGCAACAACAACAACAGCUUCUUUCUCAGGUUCUAUCAGAACAUCAAGGUCAUCAUUCUUUUGGUGAACUAACGUAUGGCCAACAUCCUGUGGCAGUUUCUCCUGCAAAUGCUUCAAUUGACCACCGGAUGCUUCAACAACUACAGGAAUCACUUAGGAUUACUCCACAGAUUCCACACACUAUUCCUGUUUCACGAGAAACUCAUGUUCUUGAGAACUUUGAUAAUUCACUCAAUGAACAUUUAACCAAAUUGUCUGGCCAGCCUUCACGAGUGUCUAUGGAGGUUGGUCCUGUUGUUGGUUCUGAUGUUUCAACUGUACCUCUACUACAUCAACUUUGUGGAGAUAUUUCUCUCUUGGGGGCACAAGAUGCUACUGUUGCACCUCAAUUGGAAGCUACCCAGAAGUCUGUAUUUGUACCAUCUCAUGCAAGUGAGGCAGCAGAAGAGUUGCCGCAUGAUUUGUUGCUUCAAAAGAAUCAACAUGAUUUGGAUAAGUUAGCUGCAGCAUCCAGACAGAAACAAGAUCACCACUCAGAAGUUGAUGAAGACAGUGUUGGACUAAGCUCUGUGGCUCCAGAGAAUGCAAUAGCAGUUCCUUCUACUGUUGUGGGUGACCAAAGUGGUGGUUCUUUCUCUGAGCAAUGGAAUGAAAAGGAUAGUUCAUCUGUUGAUGUUGGUGGACAAUCUAACUUGGUAAAUGAGCAAAACUUGAUAAAUGAUCAAUCUUUUAAUGCUACUGCUAAAGAGACCAAAAGUGUAGAAGGGCGCGAGUUGAAGAAAGCUUCUGACAAGAAGUCCAAAAAGCAGAAGAAUUUAAAAGUGCAAACCCCUUUAGAUCUGGGAAAGGGUAAGCCUACCCCUUCUCAGCAUCUCAACAGAAGUGUGGAGGUUGAUCAGGUGAGUGGGGGGAACUUAAAAUCAUCAGAGUGCAUAGGAACUGCAGAAUAUGUGAGUGCAUUGUCCCCACUUAAGAUGGUAGAUGCAAAACCAGAGGCUGAUGCUAUCCCAAGUCAUAAUUCUAUAGGUAGUGGCUGGAUUGAUUCCUCAAAUGCGGCUGAGUAUAAGGAUACUACAAAAGUAGUUGAACAUGCAAAAACAGAUAAGCAAUUACCUUCUAGUCAUUCUGCAUGGAAACCUGCUCCUGGGUUGAAGCCGAAAUCCCUGCUAGAAAUUCAGCAAGAGGAACAACAAAGAGCAUUAGCUGAAAAGGUUCCUGAAGUUGCAACUUCUGUUCCUCCCAGUUUUCCAUCAGUCACUCCCUGGGCUGGUAUAGUUGCUAAUUCAGACACUAAAGUAACUAAGGAAAAUAAGCAUGAUGGAGUCAACUCAUCGCUACUUGAUGCAGCGAACUCCGUGGCUCAUUCAGGUGCUAAGAACAAGAAGAGCCAAUUGCAUGACUUACUAGCUGAAGAAGUCUUGGCCAAGACUACUGAAAGAGAACAGGAUAUUCCUAACCACGUGGACAAAGGAUCUGUUUUGCCACUAACACAGCUCGAAGAAGUAACAUCUGCUGUCAAUAUUGAUGAUUUUGUUGAGGCUAAAGAUACUAAAAAGAGUCGUAAAAGGGCAACCAAAUCUAAGGGCAUAGGGACCAAGGCCUCAUGUGACGUUAUGCCGGAUACGCCUUUUGCAUCCAUGUCAAAUGAAAAGGGUAAAGCAUCACGCAACAUGCAAGAAGAGAAGGAAAUACUGCCUGCUCCACCUGGUCCUUCAUUAGGGGAUUUUGUUCUCUGGAAAGGAGAGCAGUCAACCCCUGUUCCUCCACCGGCAUGGUCUAAUGAUUCAGGAAAAUUCUCUAGGCCUGCAUCGUUGAGAGAAAUCCAGAAAGAGCAGGAGAAAAUUUCCCAUUCUCCUCAGCACCAACCUCAAAUUUCUGCGCCAAAAGUCCAAACAAAUCGUAAUACUCGAGGAAAUGGUUCUUCAUUUCAAACAUCUGGAUUGUCACCAUCAAAAGAAGCAUCUCCUAUUCCAAUCAGUUCUGUUUCUUCUGUUCAUUCGAGGUUACAGACUGAAGAUGAUCUGUUCUGGGGCCCUUUGGAGCAGUCAAAACAGGAUGCUAAGCACUCUGAAUUUCCAACCCUUACUAAUUCAAGCAGCUGGGGAUCAAAAAAUAAAGGUGUUUCUGGAGGAUCAUUGAAUCGGCAGAAGUCUUUCAGCAGCACCUUACAGUCAUCACCUGCUUCUGGAUCAGCACAGUCCAUUUUGAAAGAGGCUAUGGGCUUCAGGGAGUGGUGUGAAAAUGAAACGCUCAGACUCACUGGCACAAAGGAUACUAGUUUUCUGGAGUUUUGCUUGAAGCAGCCGAGUUCAGAAGCCAAGUCUCUUCUGGUUGCAAACAUCAGUUCUGUGGAUCCUUACCAUGAGUUUAUCGAUAAGUUUAUCAAUUACAAGGAGCUGCUUUCACCUGAAGUUAUUGAGAUUGCUUUUAGGAAAAGGAACGACUGCAAUGUAACCAGACUCUUUGAUGACGUAAAUACCAACAGUAUGACAAAUUUGGCGGGCGAACCAGAUCCCGGGCCUGGAGUGGAUGGAUCUGCGAAAGGGUGGAAGAAGAAGGGCAAGAAAGGUAAGAAAGUCAUGAGCCCUGCAGUGCUGGGAUUCAACGUGGUGAGCAACCGUAUCAUGAAGGGGGAGAUUCAGACAAUCGAAGAUUAGGGGGUUCAGAAUUAGGGUGUAAAUACAUUUUCUGGACCAUUUGUACAUGUUAUCCCUUUGUCUUUCUUUUCUUUUCAAAUUUCCUCCUUUUGCUCCUGUUUCUUUAUAGAGUGACAAGCAUGUAUGCAACAUUGAGUCGAUAGCUCAAAGCGGUUUUGAGGAAAAUUUAUGGUA